GACCGAUGUGAUUGGUCAAUUCCAACAAAAUAACAGUCCGAUCAAAGUUCGACUAAAAAUCGACUUAUGCUACUUUUACAUUGGCUAAGUUUGAAAGCACAACUGCCGUGUGACAACGUCAUGGCUGUGUCAAUAAACGAAAUUUGUGAGAACACAAAACUUGCGCGUGAGAUGGCAUUGACGGGAAACUACGACACAUCUGGCGUUUACUAUCAAGGAGUGGUGCAACAAAUACACAGAUUGCUCGCAACGAUAGCGGACACAACUCGCAAGGCAAAGUGGCAAAUUGUACAACAUCAAAUUGUCGCGGAGUUUGAGAAAGUAAAAGCCAUAUCUAAUACAUUGCAACUUUUUAAAGUGGACACGCACGGAGAGAGACUUCUUGGAACAUCCUGUUUGCCGUUUGAAGAACCAACGCGAGAUCCUGCUUUGUGGUCUUACAGUAACUCAGAUCCCACUUGGAACCAGACACCAGCUAGAGAUCCUGAUGUGUGGUCUCCUCUAGCUCCGUCGGAGCAAAAAAAUUCAAGGCAACAAAAGGCUCAACCAAAACAACAAAAUCGAAUAAAUACUAGAAAAUCUGUUAGUACAUCUAAGAAGCCAGACAAUAAGACUACUGCUAAAAAGGAUGAUAAGAAAACUGCAAAGAAAGAUGACACAAACAAGGACAAAUCGGAAACGGAAAAAGAUGAUAUUGAAUUAGAAGAACGUAAAUUCGAACCAUCUUCUGCUGACAAAGAACUUGUAGAAAUAUUGGAAAGAGAUAUUGUUCAGAAAAACCCAAAUAUCCAUUGGGAUGAUAUAGCAGAUUUACACGAAGCAAAACGAUUGCUAGAAGAAGCGGUUGUGCUUCCAAUGUGGAUGCCAGAUUUCUUUAAGGGUAUAAGACGACCUUGGAAAGGAGUGCUUAUGGUUGGGCCACCAGGUACGGGCAAGACCAUGCUUGCAAAGGCUGUUGCAACGGAAUGUGGCACAACAUUUUUUAAUGUUUCCUCUUCGACAUUGACAUCGAAAUACAGGGGUGAAUCGGAAAAACUAGUUCGACUCUUAUUUGAAAUGGCUAGAUUUUAUGCACCCAGUACGAUUUUCAUUGACGAAAUUGAUUCCUUGUGCUCGAGAAGAGGAUCUGAAUCGGAACACGAAGCUUCGCGUCGCGUAAAAUCCGAGCUUCUUGUUCAAAUGGACGGAAUAAGUUCUAACAGCGAAGAUCCAAGUAAAGUAGUAAUGGUGCUAGCAGCAACGAAUUUCCCAUGGGAUAUCGAUGAAGCAUUAAGAAGACGUCUAGAGAAACGCAUUUACAUUCCAUUACCUAAUCACGAAGGCAGAGAAGCAUUGUUAAGAAUAAAUCUUCGAGAAGUCAAGGUUGAUUCGUCUGUAAAUCUGGCUGAUAUUGCAAGAAAACUCGAAGGUUAUUCUGGCGCGGAUAUUACAAAUGUGUGCAGAGACGCGUCUAUGAUGUUAAUGCGAAAGAAGAUAGCAGGUUUGAGACCGGAUCAGAUAAGGCAAUUACCAAAAGAGGAACUGGAUUUACCUGUGUCAGCUGCAGAUUUCGACGAAGCUGUCGAGAGAUGUAACAAAAGUGUGUCCCAAGAGGAUUUGGAGAAAUAUGAGAAGUGGAUGAGCGAAUUUGGCUCAUCUUGAUAUCAUUCGGCUAAAAAAUAAUACU